AUGAGCACAGAAGACGAAGAUAUCAUUAACAAUCUUGAGGAAACCGAAGUGGAAGGAUUGGUCGAGAUUUUCAUCCGAAUGAAUGACGAAGAAGAUAAAGAUUAUUGCUUUCAAGUUUCCACUAAUUCUACGUUCAAAGAUCUGCUGAAAAUCUUUGACAGCCUCCCACUGACUUUGGCUCCCACUUGUUUCCAAAACUUAAGACCAAUUGGAUUCCAGGUAUCUACAAGUCCCGGAUUUUUGACUGCCUCAGGUGGCCUUCUUUUUGAUGAUGAUGCCACCAACAAGAAAUAUUUAGUCAACGUUGCACUGAGUGACAAGAUUGGAGACAAGGUUUGGCCAGGACAAUUGAUUGUUCCCAAAUGGGAGUUUAAUUCUACUGCUUUUUUGGUGAUUCAAUCAAUAUUCUUGCUUUGGCUGUACACCGAUUUGCCCGAUUUUAUUUCUCCUACACCAGGUAUUAGUUUGACUAGCCAAGCUCUUAAAGCUGGUGCUUAUAUUGCCAAGCUACUUCAUUACGAUGAUUUUGCUGAUCUUCUGUUAAAUGAACUUCUUACGGAGGAAAGCAAAUUUACCCAAUCACUCUUUUUUGUUUUCCAUGUGGCAAAGAUUGGGUUCCUUGAAUUAUUGCUGUAUUUUGGAUUCUACAGACCCUAUUCAUUUGAUAUUCUACACAUUUUUACUCCAGCACCAGCUCCGAUCGACAAAGAAACCCUGAGGAAAAUUGGUUGGACAGGAGCACGCAAGGUCAGCGUUCAAGAUUACAAGUCAAGAUACCGUGACCAUCAGACAAAGAAAGUGGGUUCUUUGUUGAAAGCAAAAGAACUUGGUCUUUUUGAGAAGAUAAUCUAUGGUGGAGUGCAAUUGAAAGAUGGCGAAGGUUGGAAUACUCCUCUGCCUACUGAAGACGACAAAGGUGCAAAGUCAAAUACACUGGACAAGCUGCUACAGGCUAACGGCAAAUUUAUUCUCAACUAUGAUUACAUUGCUCACAUCGGCGAAUACUGGGAAACUAAUGAGCUUGACGUUCUUUUGGCCAAAAAAGACCAAUGUGAAAAUGAGGAAGAACUGAGGCAGCUAGAUCAACAGUUGAACAAAGCGGCUAGGGACUUCAGAUCGUAUGGCCCCUUGGAAUGCAGUGAGAAAGUUACUAAAAUCGUCGAUAAUAGAAUGGCUCUUAAAUAA